CGAAGCAACAAAGAAGUCCCACGCCAAGAUGCUCACGUCAUCCUUUGGCGCUUUACAUUUAUUAACUAAUGUUCGUGUGGAAUUCCAAGCUAAACUCCGCUAUCGCUUCGGUUGGACAUCGGCCCGACAUCUCAUUCUGUUACACGCGGCUUUACUUCGAUACGCCUCUUCCAUAUCACUUUACCAACACUCUGGAGUAUUGAAAUUUCACCGAGAUACCCAUGUGGCGUUUGGAACGGAAUUGCGUAAUUAAUUCCCCGCUGAAGGGUGGGCGGCUCCGGGAGCAGAAGCACGGUACCUAACGGUGAGAUCUGUUGGAGUGACGCAUCGUUGUUGAUGCUCAAAGAUUGACAUGGUAGAAGUAGAGGAC